UACAACAUCGUUGCCAAAUAAUUUUGUUAUUAUCAUCACAGGUAACAGCGGUAACAGUAAUUUUAGUGGUUACUGGAGGAGGCUUUAAAUGGGAGUAUUCUGUUGUGGUGCUCUUCACUGUAUGAUUACUUGGGUGGUAUAAUUUUAGGACUUUAACUUACAGCGUGGCAGUGACAGUGUGGAGCACCUUUCUGCUCCUCAAGGUUGCAGCUGCACUGAUGCUCUCUGCGGUCUGGGGGCAAUGAAGUGACAGUUAUCAACAAGAGGACAUCUCACUUCCGACGAAAACAGCCGUGAUCCUGUAUUUUCGGUUACCGAAAAGGACGAAGACGUUACUGUAUUUUUUCCCGUUAGGAUGUCGUCAUGUGAAAAUGCUGCGUCACAUCAAGACAGCAAAGCAUCACCUCCUACAUCAGAGGCUGAGCCCCUGAGGAUUGUUCUGUUAGGGAAGACAGGAACAGGGAGAAGCUCCUCAGGCAACACCAUCCUGGGGACGUCUGCCUUCCGGGUCGAUGUGUCCCCCAACUCUGUCACCACACAGUGUCAAAGAAAGACUCUGACAGUAAGUGGACGGAGUAUCUCUGUGAUUGACACUCCAGGUUUCUUCAACACACAACUGUCCCGUGAGCACGUCAUGGCAGAGGUGGGACGGUGUGUCGUCCUGUCUUCUCCGGGACCCCACGCUUUCUUGGUGACCCUGCAGCCCAGCAGGUUCACCCAAGAGGAGAAGGAUGCCUUAGAGUGGACCAAGGCUAUGUUUGGGCCAGGAGCCACCCGGUUUACUGUGGUCUUGUUCACUUGGGGAGACCAGCUGCAGGGAAAGAGCAUCAAGGACUUCCUGGAGGAGAGUGAUGAGCUGUCAGAAUUUGUCAGCAGCUGCUAUGGGGGGUAUCACGUCUUUGACAACAGCGGACAGGACAAGACAACGCAACAGGUCGUACAGCUUCUGAAAAAGAUAGAUGAGAUGGUGGUGGACAACGGAGGCGGUUGCUACAGCAACGAGAUGUUCAAGGAGGCUGAAAGGGCCAUCAGAAAGGCUCAAGAGAGGAUUCUGGGAGAAAGAGGACACAAGGUGGAGUCACUGCAAAAGGAUGCUGAAGACAAAGAGGAGCUGGGACCAGAGUUAGAGAGGGGGAGGGAGGAGGAAGAAGAGGCCAGGAGAAGGGCUGAGAGGCUUUUCUGGUGUGAGCUGGCGACUGCACUGGGGAGGGGUGCAGCAGAGGGGGCAGGGAUCAUGGGGAAAGACAAGGGGAAAGGGAAAGCUGUGAAGAAGGUGAAGGUGGUGGAGAAGGCAGCGGCUCUGGCAGCAUCGCCGCUCUCCAUCCGUUCAGCAGCAAAAGUGGUGGAGGGAGCAGUGAGAGAGGGGAGCAAGGUGCUAUACAAACACAGAAAAACUUUACUGCAUUGAGGGAUACAGGUGAUGAUGAUGUGUGCAACAAAGUCAUUUCACUGGGUUUACUCACUAUUUAUCAGAAACACUAUCACUCUGUUUUAAUAUCACCAGCACUUUGAGGUCAUCCUGUUACAUAAGUGUGUGUGUGUGUGUGUAUUGUCUCUGCAGAAAGGUAAACAUCCUGGUGUGUUGCAGUCCACGUAGCUUGCCAACAAAGAACAAAGCCACACCUUUGAAUUGAGAGAAUUCACCUUAUAAUAAAUAUCUUGACAGAA